UUUCUGAGCGGUGAACCCCAAAUCUCUCCAGUCUUGGAGGUUCUUGAUGUCGUGGCUUUUCAGAGUCCCUCGAAUUUCAUGCGCGUCUCUUCUGAUCUCGGCAUAGAGCCUCAGGUCCUAUCUUCGGUCCCUUCAGGAUGGACGUUCCCAGAUCCCAGGGUAACAACUCGCAACAAAGAACCGAAUCCAGCACUUACGACCGACCCGAGGUGGCGUGGGGCGAGACGGGCGGGCACGGGCGCGGCUGUCUCCACUCCAUCAUCGCCUGACGCCACUUCAAGGGCUUCCAUCUCGGGUCGGGCGAGGUGGGCAUUACUGGCGUCGCUCCAGCCGGCCCUUCUGUGGCCUCCGGGACGCUUCUCGAAGCCAGGGAGGGAAAUCACCCGAAGCCCUGGUCCCAGACACCCACCUGCUAGCUUUAUGCCUUGAUUUCCUUACCUGUGAAACAAGUAGCUUUACUAGAACCAUGUUUUAAAGUUGGUAAGCGAGCGGGGACGUCACGAUAUUAGCCAUACAAUAGGCCUUUUAUAUAACAGUAAACCUAAGAAAAUUUUAAACUUCCCAGAGAACAUCACCACUAUAAGAAACAGCCAUGCCUGGAGAAGGAGGAAAAACAGAUAUGGACCGACUUGGCCUGUUCAGUGAAAUGGAAUAUGUCACUAUUGGGGAUAAAUAUGUAUCACCAUAUAAUCGACCUUUUAAUGAAGCUGCUAGCAAAAAUAGACAGAUGUUGCCUGGGGGUAGUAAAAUGAUGUCAGCUCUACAACAAGGUUUCUUUGAACCUCAGUUUUUAAGGAUAUUUGAAGGUGAGGGCUACGUAAGUCUGAAUCAAGUAAAGAGGCGACAAAUGAUAGAAGAAGCCAAAAAAAAUUUAAGCAAACCCUUUCUUCCCAGUAAUGGAGAAAAAAAAGCAUGUGGAUUAGGCAGCUACUUUGGAACAAUAGGUGGUCCAGUUCCAUUCUUCAGUGCCCAAUUAAAACCUAAAGAUAAAUAUGUUGCUCCUGGAAAGAAUAUGUACACAAACCCAGGAAAAAAAGGGACCGGAUAUGGCUAUGCAAAUAUUACCAUAGGUAAACAGCCCGUGCAUUCUGUUGAUGUCUACGAUACAGCAAAAAUAAAUCUUCAGAAAGAGAUUGAAGAUCAUCAGCGAUUAAUUAAAGGAACACCUUUCAAGUUAAAUCUCUUUCCAAAAGAUUAUUUUGACCAAAAUCCUUAUUUCUUUGACAAAACUUUGCCACCAAUUAAGAAACCAGAGACAGUAAAAACAAUUACAACACCUUUUAAACCAACUUCUCCUCCUAAAAAGCCAGGUGGUAUGAAAGCAGGAACAUUUGACCCUUUCCCUCUAUAUUCCAAUGACCAAUAUGGGAGAAAAUUUGAAAGAGAUGUCACUAAAACAGAGAGGAUUUUCCAUCCAAGCAGUGGACCAAAAAGCCGUCCAGUUACCAGUAUAAUGUCUGCUAAUGUAAAAAAGUCAUUAAAUUCAAAGAAUUAUCUGACUACAUCAAUACAGUCCUACUAGCACCUGAAAGAAGAAACUUCCUCUGAUCAUCCACAUGUCCGUAAUUCAUUUUUUAAUAAAAUAAAUUUACAGAA